CGCAAACCCCAUUAUUCGAAAGCUGCUUCUAUUUCUAAAACCUUCCAACUUGGGAGCUUUACAGUCCCAACAAUGGCGAUGGCUACUGAAGAUACCAAGCUUGAGCUUUUCCUUCAGUGGCUCAAUGUCAAUGGAGCGGACUUACGUGGUUGUGAAAUCAAAUACUGCAAUUCCAGUAAAGGGUUCGGAAUUUUUUCAUCCAAUGAUGCUCCUGAUGGAAUUUUUCUGGUGAUUCCACUUGAUCUAGCUAUAACUCCGAUGAAGGUCCUGGAAGAUCCGUUAAUCGGACCUGCGUGUAGGUCAAUGUUUGAGGAAGGCGAAGUAGAUGACCGAUUCUUGGUGAUGGUCUUUCUGACAGUGGAGCGACUAAGAAAGAACUCAACGUGGAAACCAUAUCUUGAUAUGCUCCCUACUGAGUUUGGAAGUACACUUUGGUUUAGCGAUGAUGAUCUUUUAGAGCUAAAGGGCACAACAUUGUAUCGGGCUACUGAACUUCUGAAGAAAAGUUUAAAGACUUUGUUCGACGAGAAAGUGAAAAAGUUGGUGGACAAACUUUUGGCUCUUGAUGGAAAUCCAGAAAGUCAAGUGAGAUUUGAAGACUUCCUUUGGGCAAAUUCAAUAUUCUGGACCCGGGCUCUUAAUAUUCCUUUCCCAAGCUCUUAUGUCUUCCAAACAGGUCAACCGGAGCAAGAGUGUGGAAGCAGCAAUGCUCCUGCUACUGAGAUGAACGGAUCAAGCCAAGUUUCUGGAUCUGAACCUGCCUCACAAGCAGAUUCUAUAUUCGUUGAGGGUCUAGUGCCUGGCAUUGAUUUUUGCAAUCAUGAUAUAAAGGCAGCGGCAACAUGGGAGGUUGAUGGAAGUGGAUCAUUGACAGGAACCCCUUUCUCUAUGUACCUUCUUUCUGCUGGGGUCAUCCCUAUCCAAGGUGAAAAAGAGAUAUCUAUCAGUUAUGGUGCCAAGGGAAAUGAGGAGCUUCUUUUCCUUUAUGGAUUUAUAGUAAAGGACAACUCAGAUGACUAUCUAAUGUUACAUUAUCCUGUGGAAGCAAUUUCCGAUAUGCCCUUUUCAGAGGGUAAACUGCUGCUUCUUGAAGAACAGAAAGGUGAAUUAAGGUGUCUUUUGACGAGAAAUUUGCUAGAUAAUGGCUUUUUUCCUGAGUGCACCUCACCUCGAGGCACUAAGAGCAUGGAAUAUGAUGACGACCAGGGGUUCGAUUAUAAGAGUGCACGCCGCACGAUACCCUCGUAUGCUAAUAAACUUGUUUUCCCUGAAAAGUUCUUAACUGCAUUGAGAACAGUUACCAUGAAGGAAAGCGAACUUCAGCAAGUCUUUUCAUUACUUGAGGAGGCUGUCGGAUCUGGAGGAGAGAGACGACCGUCUGAAACUGAAGUUCGAACGGCUAUAUGGGAGGCUUGUGGGAAUUGCGGUGCUUUGCAAUUGAUUGUCGAUCUUCUUAACAUGAAAUUUUUUGAAUGCUAUCCGUGCGAAAGGUUGAUGGAACUCGAAGAGGGCUCAGGCACUGAAGAGAGCGAUGCCGAGUUGCUUAAGAAAGCUGAGGGCGGCGCAAGCAGCAACGGCUCUGUUCCGAUGAGCAGGACGAGGUGGGCUAGUAUAGUAUACCGUCAAGGCCAGAAAGAGCUCACGCGUCGAUUCCUACGGGAGGCAGAGCAUGCCCUGCAGUUAGCAUUGAGCGAGGACACAACUAAGACAUCUAGCUAGGUUUCACAAACAUCAGCGAAGAUGACUGAAUUACUACAUUUGGAAGCAAGUGCAGAAAGGUUACUCACUUUCAGCUAUGGUUUUUUUCAAUUUGAAACAAGGCAUGUUCAUGAACAUGUCAAAUAAAUUCAGAUGUGGUACAUGGAUAAAUUAAUAUUUUUGAAAUAUUUUAUACAGGCAACUAAAAAGAUGCCUUUCAAUAAUAAUAUGCUCGGAUUGAAGUUGUCA